CUCAAUAGCAAGAAAGUUUAGCGAAAGUGGAUGGAAGCUUAUUCUUUUUGAGAAAACCUGAAAACGUAAGCGAGUGUGGAAGCUUCAUCAUAGAGAAGAACCAAAUUCAGAUGAAAUGAUGUCAGUUUCCUUGGAGUAAAAAAUACACGAUAUGGCACAGGAUGCAGUGUCCUCUCUUGUUGACAAGCUGAUUCCUUUGCUGACCAAAGAAGCAAAAUUGUUACGAGGCAUCCAUGGAGAAGUUGCUGACAUCAAAGGUGAGCUUGAUAGCAUUCAGUCCUUCCUUAAGGAUGCAGACACAAGGGCAGCAGCUGAAGAAGACAUGAGUGAGGGUGUCAAAACAUGGGUAAAACAAGUAAGAGAAGUAGCUUUUCGUAUAGAUGUUGCGACCGAUCAAUACUUGGUUCAGGUGGCACUACAUGAUCCUCAUUGGCGUGGCUUCCGUGGUUUACUCCAGAAAACCACUCACUUGCUCAAAACAUUAAAACCACGCCAUGAGAUAGCCGCUGAGAUUCAAAAGAUCAAAGCUUCAAUUCAGAAAAUCAAGGAAAGAAGUGAAAGAUAUGGUUUCCAAUCCACAGAUCAAGGAUCAAGUAGUGGUUCUCAGAGUGUUAUGUGGGUUGACCCUCGAAAGGAUUCCUUUUAUCUUGAUGAUACUGAUGUUGUAGGAAUUGAAACUCAUAGAGAUAAAUUGAUUGGCUGGUUGGUAAAAGGACGUUCUCACCGUACUGUGCUUUCGGUGGUAGGAAUGGGGGGACUGGGCAAGACCACUCUUGUUAAGAAAGUCUAUGAUCACCGGAGGGUACAAGGACACUUUGAUUGCCAUGCUUGGAUUCCAGUGUCUCAAUCGUACAACGUGGAAGGUUUACUAAGAAGCAUGAUAAGGCAAUUUCGCAAUGCUAGAAUGGAGUCUCUCGUGGCAAGAAUAGAUGCAAUGGAUGAGGAGUUGUUGAUUCAUGAAUUGAGAGAUUACUUACGAAAAAAGAGGUACGUGGUCAUAUUUGAUGAUGUAUGGAAAAUAGACUUUUGGGAGGAUAUAAAACAUGCUUUAAUUGAUAAUAACAAGGGUAGUAGAAUUAUGAUCACAACACGAAAUAUAGAGGUUGUUGAUUUUUGUAAAAAAUCUUCACCCGUUCUUGUUUACGAGUUGCAACCACUACCUCCUAUUGAGGCUUGGAAGCUAUUUUGCAAAAGGGCCUUCAAAUUUGAUUUUGAAGGACACUGCCCCCCAGAGUUGAGGGAAUUGUCUUAUGACAUUAUUGAGAAAUGCAAAGGAUUACCACUUGCUAUUGUUGCUAUUGGUAGCCUUUUGUCAACCAAAGAUAAAACUAUCUUUGAAUGGAAAAACUUGCAUGAUAGCCUUGGAUUUGAGCUAGGAAGAAGUCCACAUCUUUCAGGUGUCAACAAAAUUUUAUCUCUGAGUUUUGAAGAUUUGCCUUACAACCUCAAGUCUUCCUUAUUAUACCUUGGUAUGUACCCGGAGGACUAUUCAAUUAAUUGCGUAAGAUUGAUUAGACAAUGGAUAGCUGAAGGCUUUGUGAAGGAAACCGAGGGUAAAACAUUUGAGGAGGUUGCACGAGAAUACUUGACAGAAUUAAUCCACAGAAGCUUAGUUCAAGUAUCAGAGUUUGAUUUUGAUGGAAAAGCUAGACGAUGUCGACUCCAUCAUCUUCUUCGUGAGAUCAUCCUCCAAAAGAUGAAGGAUUUUAGUUUUUGUCAUGUUUUGUCAAAAAAGGGAUCCAACUUUGAAGGACUAACUCGACGUAUGUCAGUUGAUAGAGUUUCAUAUGAUGUACUAGAGGGAUUUGAGGACUCUCACAUUCAUUCUCUUUUAUUGUUCAAUCUUGAUGAAUUGCCGAAGUCCUUUAUGAGUACUUUUUUUGCUAAUUUCAAGCUUUUGAAAGUAAUGGAUUUUGAAGAUGCUUUACUAGAUUUCAUUCCUGAAGAUGUGGGAAUUUUAUUUCACUUAAGGUAUUUAAGUUUGAGAAAUACAAAGGUAAGAAUGCUUCCAAAAUCCAUAGGAAAGUUGCAAAAUCUAGAAACUUUAGAUCUAAAGCAAUCUCUAGUGUCUGAUAUACCAAUAGAGAUUAACAAGCUCUGUAAGUUGAGACAUCUUAUAGCCUACCAUCGCAACCUCCAAAUUGAUUUCAGUUUGACUCAUGAAAAAGGGAUAAAGAUACAAAAGGGGGUUGGUUGUUUGAAGAACUUGCAAAAGUUGUAUCAUGUGGAGUUGAAUCAUGGAGGAGUUCAUCUAAUUAAUGAGUUGGGAAAGUUAAGACAAUUGAGGAAGCUAGGCAUAAAAAAUUUGUCAAAGGAAACUGCGAGGCCUUUGUGUGAUUCUAUUGAAAAGAUGAACUAUCUUGAAUCUCUAGAUAUAUCCUCAACAUGUGAAGAUGAGAUAAUUGAUUUACAAUCCAUUUCACCUCCACCUCAAUUUCUUCAACGCCUUCACAUAAAGGGCUAUUUAGAAAAGUUGCCGGACUGGAUUUCAAAACUUCAACAUCUAGUCAGAUUAAAGAUUUUUUGGUCAAGGUUGAAUGAUGACCCAUUGAAAGCCCUUCAAAAUCUACCUAACUUAUGUGACCUAGACAUCUCAUCCCAAGCAUAUAAUGGAGAGCAAUUACAUUUUAAGAGAGGAGGGUUUUCAAAACUCCGUUUUCUAUGUCUUAGGCAAUUGGAUGGAUUGAACUUGUUGAUUAUAGAUAAAGGAGCAUUGGUCCUUCUUGAAACGCUUUUGAUUGGGCCUAGUCCACGGUUAAAGAAGGUGCCCUCUGGAAUCCGUUAUUUGAAAAACCUCAAAGUAUUGGGAUUUUGUGAUAUGCCUAAAGAAUUUGAAGAAAGUUUGGAUCCUAAGCAAGGUCCAUGUUACUCGAUCAUUGAGCAUGUAGCACUUGUUUAUCUCCGUCACAAGGUUGGCAAAGGAUAUUAUGACUAUACCAAUCGCAUUAUCCGUUCCAAGAAUUUGACAUUGGCAAGUUGAAGAGGGCAAACAAUCAGACAGAAUGAUGAUUACAAAGAUUGCAACAACAUCAAGGAAAAUUAUUAGGCACUCCCAUAUUGCGGUCUCAACGUUUCUAUUGAGAAAGACUUGCAUGGAGAGUGAUAAUUAAUGUUACUGUUGCAGCUGGGACUCUGGGAGCCUGGGAUACAUUGGUUUUAUUUUCUAAAGACAAUCAACUUGGAAAAUCA